AUGUCUACAAUAACACAACGAUCCAAUAUGGGAACAAUCAAUUUUAAUCAGUUUUUAGCUCAUGAAGCUCGCCUUAAUAGUCUGCAUCGGUUAUUUAAAACACAUUAUAAUGUCACUGAACCAUCACCGAUACUUGAGCCAUACUUAUUUUUGGGUAAUUGUAUUUCCGCUCAUGAUGUUUAUCGUCUAUCAAAAUUAGGUAUUCGUUACAUACUCAAUGUUGCUAAACGCGAUGUGGAAAUAUGCCCAUACUAUUCAAAAGAUACACGCGUUCUAACAAUUGAUCUUCGUGAUGAUGAUCAAGAGAAUAUUUUGCGCAUAUUCGAUCAAGCAUUUGCCUUUAUCGAUGAAGCUAGAAAAAAUAAUUCGCGAGUAUUAGUUCAUUGCAGUCAUGGACAGAGUCGAUCGCCUGCUAUCGUUAUUGCUUAUCUCAUGCGCACUUACAAUGUUUCAUUAGAACAGUGUCUUACUCAUGUUGUCAAAGCACGGCCAUGCGUUAUACCUAACGACGGUUUUUUAAAACAACUUAUCCUUUUCGAUCGUGUGUUGGUCGAUCGACGCCGCCAGCACCAGUUGUAUCAACAGCAACUACAACAGCAACAGCAACAGCAACUACAACUACAACAGCAACAACAACAGAGACAGCAGCAAAUGCAAUUGCAGCAAAAACUUCAGCAACAACAGAAAGCAGCGAGCGUACAAACAGAAAAGGCUAAUAAAUCAAACGAAAUUCCAAUCCAACGUGAUUCUCCUGUCCCACCCCAUCCUAUUCCACCUCCAAUUCCUUCGACCAACCAAUCAAAAUUGACGUUGUCCUCCUCAUCCUGCAAUAGCUUGGCCUCGAAUGUUAUCAAUAUUCCAUCCAGCAGUUCCUCAAGUGUCCUCUUAUCUUCAAAAAAGAUCGGCCUCUCAUCAAUGUCCAGUCUUCAAGCAUCCAUCAGUUCGAAAUCUAUGCAAUUCGUUCCUAUUGAAGUUGCACCUAAGACAGAACAUAGUUCGGAAAAAAUCAAGCGAGUUGCAGUCAAAAAGCCCACACCUGACAAUGAAAUUGUUCUUGACAAGGUUGUAAGCAAAGCUGACAAAUCCUCUCGAAAUAAAUCACCUUCGAAAUCAUCCAACAAAACUCGCCUUAAAACUUCUUCCUCGCACAACGAACUACUCGGAUCAAAACGUAAAUCAAGUUCCAAAAAGUCACCCGACACGAAAGAUCAUUCUUCACAAAUGCAUCGGUCUCAUACAGAUAAAAACUCGCAAUCGCAUAGCAAACAUCACACCAAAGUCUAUCCUACUCGACAUCAUCUCAAUUAUUACAAUACCUUCCCAGCUGAUUACUAUGGUUCUAUCAACCACUUGCAUACGAAUUAUAUCACUGAAAUUUACGAUCGAGUCGCUAAACGGUUCGUUCCAGCAACAGCCUGUUAUUAA